AAUGGGUACACCUUACGCUCCUAACAUAUUUAAGGCCCUAGAAGGGGUUUUUUGCGUAUAUAAACCUGCCGAUUUUUCAAUAGGCCGAUUGUUAUAUCAUGUUAGAAAUAAUAUAGUUCAGGACUUGAAUAAAAUAAAUGUAAGGCCAAUGCGAAGAAAGUUUUUCACUGAUGAAACUAAGAAAGACGAAGAUGGUCUUCCAAUGAUCUUAGACGUGCCCGAUCUAGCAGAUCAUACACUUGUGAUUGGUCCAAGAUAUACGGCGGAAGAUAUCGAUCUGAAAUGUAUAACACCCUUACACAAGCUCUCCUCAGGAGUUACUCUUUUAUCCUGCCAAAACCAUAGCCAACUGAGAAAAAUACAAAAUAGAUUUAAUGUUCGCGUUCAUCAUGUCAUCGGAAUGCUUGGAACUGCAACUAAUGAUUUUACAGUUAAUGGUUCAAUUGUAGAAAGAUCAAAGUUCAAACACGUUGAUCACAAUAGAAUCGAUAGAGUAUUAGCAGGAAUGCAAGCCGGCCAUCAGCGUUAUAUGUUCCAAGCUUGUAAUGUUGACCCACAAAGUCAAGAAGCUUACGAAUUGGCCAUUAAAGGUUUAAUAAGGCCCACGGAUCCACAAGCUGGUCCUGUUGUCUACGGAAUGAAGUGUACAGCAUUCAGUCCUCCGUAUUUUACUUUGGAGAUUCACUCUGUAAAUGAAACUUGUAUUUAUUUGCAUAAACUUGUUCACGAAUUAGGCCUAGAAUUACGAACAAACGCAACAACCGUUAAAUUAAGAAGAAGUAAUUACGGUAGAUUCACAACUAAUCACGCUCUGUUAAGGAAACAUUGGACUCCGGAGAAUAUAGUAGAAAAUAUAAACAUUUGUAAGAAAUGUCUAGAAAAAGAUAGAGAUAAUGAAAAACUGAUAAAAAGAAUUGACGUAACCGACGACAAUUUCUUAUUAGAGGAUGAAGACGAGGAAGAAGUACAUUUAUUACCAACUACAAAUGAAUAA